AGCAGAUAUUCUUGUAUGGAAUUUACUUACGAUUCAAAAUUUCUCGUUUGCGUUACCGCCGAACCUGACUGGACACUUUACGUCUUCAAAUGUGAAAAAGGAAGAUUAGAGAGUUUCGGUAGAGCAAAUAAUCUCAAUGGAACAGGAACAGUUGUACAGGUAGCUUGUAAUCCCAAUGACGCAAAUCAAUUAGCUGUAUGUGGAGAGCAAUGCCUGAGAUGUUUGGGUUGCGUCGAUUUUAAUUGGAAGCAGUUUGGGUACAACAAACUAGAUCCCUGUUAUUACACUAGUUGCUGCUGGUUGUCCCAAGAUAGAUUGAUAGUUGGAAGUUACAGAGGCAAAAUUAUGAUAUUAGAAACUGGAGAGAUUCGAGCUGUGUUUCAUGCUUCUGAUUUACCUCUUAUUAACAUGAAGCUAAAGGAAGAGUAACAUUCUAUCAUUUUGUGUAUUUUUGUUUUGUCUGUUUCUUUAACAAAUGUUACUAGUUGGGUUUUGAAGCGUUUAAAAGAAGUUUCAUCGAUAAUUCUUUGUGGUAGUUGCCCGAAUAAUUUAGGUGUCAAGGAUGAAAAUGCCGAUUUGCCUGUUAAUCCUUCUUUAUAUGAUAUGAUUGGCGAAGAAUGUCCGGACGUCGGCGAAUGUUUGGAAAUCCGUAGUAUCGUAACAUUUGGCAGAGGAUUCUUUUUCGGUUAUACUAAUGGAAAAGUACAUUUUUACGAAAAGGAAAAUCCCAACAGAUACAGGAAACGAGGCGUUUUUAUAAUACCGGACAGGACCAUUCAUAGAGAAUACGAAGAAGAACCGGAAAUCAUAACUACGGUAAACAGCAUAGCCAUAAAUCCAUCGCAAGACAGGAUUCUGGUAACUUGCUUAGAAAUGCAAAUGUGGAGCGAACGUAUAUUUGUACACGACGCUGAAACGGGACCUGAUGUCCUGUUAAAAGAGUUUGGAUACUCAGUACAUUUGGGACCUGUCGGUGGAUUGUCCGUAUGUAGAUGGAAACCAAUUGUGCUUAGCAUCGGUUCUCGAGAUAGAUCGGUUAAAAUAUGGAAUUACGAAACUGUUGAACUAGAACUUGUGCAAACUUUUGAAGACGAUAUUUACUCGGUUUCACUGCAUCCAACUGGGUUGUAUGCCGUUAUUAGUUUCUCAGAUAAACUGAGAUUCAUGACAAUAAUGAUCGACGAGAUAAUUCUAACAAAAGAAUUCAAUAUCAGGAAUUGCGAUAUGACAUGCUUCAGCCGUAUGGGUCAUUUAUUUGCUGCUGCUAAUGGGACUGUUAUCCAAAUAUAUUCAAGUGUUACUUUUGAAUUGAUGUAUAUGCUAAAAGGACAUAAUAGAAAGAUAACAGGCUUAUCCUGGUCUAGUGAUGACACAGUACUGGCUAGUUGCGGAUAUGAUGGUGCCGUAUAUUGUUGGGAUAUUGUCAGAUCAACCAGGAUACAAGAAACUGUCAUUAAGUCAGUACCAGCUAAAGGAGUGGAGAUAACUAGAGAUGGAAAGAAUACAUUUGCUGUAGGAACCGAUGGACAUAUUAGAGAAUAUUAUAAUUCAAACGUACAAAGAGAUGUAGUUAUACCUCCAGGAACUCCUUUAGAUGGAAUUAUCUUGUCAGCCUUAAAUAAUAUGUUAUUUGUCUCAGGUAAUAAUGGCGUUGCGUAUGUUGUUAAAAUACCAUUGUUAGAGAAGGCAGAAGUUGUCGAAUAUAGUAUGCAUAACAAAACCAUUGUUAAGAUGACGCUAUCAUGUGAUGAUAGAUAUUUGAUAACAGCUUCUAUCAUCGGUGUUAUAUGUUUUUGGAGACUUUUAAAUAUCGAGGACAAAGCCAUAAAAUUUGAUUUACCAUCAUCGAACGAAAUACUUAUAUCUAGGCAGAUCUUAGAGGACAAAAUGUUACAAAUAAGAAAUCUUCAAUUAAGAAUGAGAGAAUUAGAAACAGAGCAUUCUUAUCAAAUGCGCCAGAACGACGCAUUGGCAGCAUCAAAAAUGAAGGAUAUACACGAAAGUUAUUGUAACGCUAUUGAAGAAUUGAAAUUAAAAAAUGAGCAAAUGGAAGCAGAACAUAUACAAGAAAUCAACAGUAUAAAUAUUCAAAUAAAUCAAAUGAAACAGAAUCAUGAAUUGUUUGUUCAAAGAUUAGAGGCAUCUUACAAUGAAAAAUUGAUAGCAGAAUAUGAGAAAUUCAUGAAAUUCGAAAACAAAAUGGAUAGAAUGCUGAAAGACGCUGACGCUAGAUAUAUGGAAUUAAAAAAAGCUAAAGAAGAUUCAGAAACAUCUAUUAUCAAUGACUAUGAAACAAGACUCAAAGAAGCUAAAUUGCAAUACGAUGAACUCGCAGAGCUUAAUCAGACCCAAGCUAAAGACCAUGAGAUAAUUAAACAGCAAAUAGAAGAUGACGCUGAUAGAGAAAUUUAUGAAUUAAAAGAAUCUCAUUUGAAAGACUUGAAAGAAGAACAGGAUGUAAACGUAAGAUUGAGAAGCGAGAUAUCAGUGGUUAAAAAGAAACUUCUUCUUUCACUUAAAGAAGUUGAUGAUUUGAAGCACAAAGUAUUCACAAUGGAGAACGAACACAUAAAAUUCAAAAACUUUAUAUAUGAUUUGGAGAAGGAGAUAAUGGAUUAUAAAAAAGAAAUACAAGAAAGGGAUCAAACUAUCGAGGAAAAAGAAAAAAGAAUAUUUAUCAUAAAAAGCAAAAAUCAAGAAUUGGAAAAAUUCAAGUUCAUUUUGGACUUUAAAAUAAAGGAAUUGAAUACACAAAUUGAACCUAAGGAAAAAAUAAUUACAGAACAAAAUAUUCAAAUCAAUGAAAUGGUUCGUGAAUUAGAAAACUUGCAAAAAGUUAUUUUGGGCUUAGAUAUACAAUUAGCAGAAUUGAAAGAAAAACUGAACGCAUCAAAUAACGAAGUGAAAAAAGAAGUAGAGAGAAAUCGAAGAAUGAAAAAGGCCUUACAAGAUAUCAGAAUUGAUAUUCACCAUGCUAGCGGAUAUAUACAGAACGUUCCGCUAUUACAAAAAGCUGUCAAGGACAUGUAUCAUAAAUAUAAUGCAGAUAAAGACUUCGAGGUGACGCAACAAGAGGACACGGAGGCCAAGAACGAAUUCUUGCGACAAAGGGAUUUCUUGGAACGCACCGUUUCUACAUUACAUGAUCAGGCAACAAAGAAUACUAACCUACUAAGUUACGACAAAGUAAGACUGGUAGAUGAAAAUGCUUGCUUGUUAGAGGAAACUAAUACAUUAAGGAGAAACUUGCUCUCAGAAGUUACAAUAAAUCGCAAACUCAACUCAUUAAUCGGUAUGUCGCGAAUUACACCUCAACAAGCUCAACAAAAAGUUAAUUUCGCCACGGCUACCAACUACGAAAUUCACAAGAAGUACACAGACCAGUUAGAGCAAAAUGCCCGUUCAUUGGAAGCAAUGACCAAAGAAAAUGCAAGACUGUUGAAUAAAAUCACAGAAAUGGAUGCAGCAGAAUUGGAGAAAUAA